AUGCCGUCGUAUUCAACACCAUUGAAAUUAGGUCCUUUACUCUUAAAAAAUCGUGUUAUAAUGGCAUCAUUAACACGUGAUCGAAACCGUAUUCCUGGUCCACUUCAAGUAGAAUAUUAUACACAACGUGCUGGUGCUGGUCUUAUUCUUACUGAAGGUACAUUCAUCGAAGAGCUUGGUUGUGAAUGGAGUAAUGCACCUGGUAUUUAUACAAAUGAACAAGUAGCUGGUUGGAAAAAAAUUGUUGAUAGUGUUCAUGCUCGUCAAGGCUUAAUAUAUAUUCAAUUAUGGCAUAUUGGACGAGUAGCUCAUCCACUUCUUCAAAAUGGUCGACCAAAUGUUGGACCAUCAGCAUUAGCAGCUAAAGGUGGUAAAUUUUCACAAAUAAAAGGUGAACCUGGAUAUGUUGUACCAGAAGCAAUUAAAGAUCCUACAUUUUAUAUUUCUUUAUAUAAACAAGCUGCUGAACGAGCUAAAGAAGCUGGAUUUGAUGGAGUUGAAUUACAUAGUGCAAAUGGUUAUUUACCUCAUCAAUUUAUUGAUAAUACAUCAAAUCAUCGAACAGAUCAAUGGGGAGGAUCAGUAGAAAAUCGUUGUCGAUUUCCAUUAGGUAUUAUUGAUGAACUAUCUCGUGUUUAUGGAAAUGAUCGUGUGGGUAUUAAACUAUCACCCAGUGGCGGUUAUAAUGAUAUAGGUAUGAAUGACACAGAUACAAUUGAAACUUAUGGAUAUCUUAUCAAAGAAUUAAAUGCUCGACGUCUUGCAUACAUACAAUUAGCACGUUACUGGGCUUUUGUAGAUCCAGCAGGUCGUGGAAAAAAUGUUGAUAUAUUUCAAUGGAGAAAAUUGAUUAAUUCCGAACAUACAGCAUUUUUUGUCAAUACAGAUUUUGAUAGUGAAGAAGGUGCAAAAGUAUUAGAAUCUGGUAUGGCCGAUGCAAUUGUAUUUGGUCGAUUGUAUAUUUCAAAUCCAGAUCUAGCUGAACGUUUGAUUAAAAAUCGAGAAUUAAAUACGUACUUGAAUAUGCAAGGUCUCUGUGGUGGUGGACGAGAAGGAUAUACAAAUUAUCCAACAUAUGAAAAACAAAAACUACAACAAUUUUUAUCCAAUAUAGAAUAUCUUUAG